UGCACGUUUCUUUGCAUUACAGGAUCUGUAGCGUCAUGGUCAGAGACUAAUAUAUAAAACCAUAACGCUACAGAUCUGCAGCUAUGUGGCUGAGAUGCUAUUAUUUAUAGCCUAUUGUAUCAAAUAUGAAUGCCCUAUCUUAUGUCAUUCAAAAGAAAUCACCAAAAAUGUUUUUUUAAUCACGUAAAACAUAAGAUUAAGGUCAAUGUGUCAGAAAUCAUAGCAUUUUCGGAAAUAUCUUGUCACAGGUAGUGAACAUGUCAAUAUGAAAUCUUGACCUCUUUUCAAUCAGAAGUUGUAAAGAAAAACAACGUUUUUGAAAAAAGUCAAACGUCAAGGUUCAAGGGCAUGGGGUCAAAAAUUACUUAAAAAGGUCAUGUCACAGGUUAUAUACAUGUGAAAUGUGAAAGUCCUAUCUCUUAAAUUCUCAUUCAAAAGUUAUGACCAAGGUUAAAGUUUUUGAAAAGUAGGUAAAACUUCAAUGCCAAGAUCACCAAUCAUAGUGUAUUUAAAAAGGUAUUGUCACGGGUGUUACACAUGUUUCAUACGAAAGCCCUCUAUCUCCUCAUUCAAAAGUUAUGGCUAAUUUAAAGUAAUGUUUAAAUUUUUAAAUAAAAGUGGGUAAAACUUAAAGGUCAAGACCACGUGGUCAAAAAUCAUAGGUCUUAAAAAGCUUUUGUCACUGGUAAUAAACACGGUUGAAGUUUUUGUGACGGACGGACAGACGAAUGAUAUUUGAUGUCCCCUCGCUUUCGCGAAAGCGGUUGACAAAAAUACUUUUGUGUGUAUUUCUACGGAGAAGUAAAAAUUUCCGCGUGUUUCUUCCUCAGCUGAUUUGUUGAAGCAUAAUGUGGAAAAAUGUUCAUCUGUUUAUUGUUGCGAUUAUUUUCAAUUUGAUAGGAAAUAAUUUGCAAAUAUCUACAACCACGUAUCUAUACGACAGCAGUGGAACAAUUACCUCCCCUGGGUACCCUGGAAACUAUCCCAAUAACGUAAACUACACUUGGGUCAUUUCAACGGGAUUCCAACAAGCCAAAAUUUACUUUUCCAUUCAUGACUUCGACAUCAGGAAACACAAAUAUUACCCAUGUGAUGACUAUCUGGAGAUUAAGGAAGUUGAACCUUGCUGUCAUACUCUCCUGAAUAGAUGUGGCAAAGAGAGCAAUAUAAAAAGAACUGCAACGGGACGUUUGAUACGGAUUUCCUUUAUAUCCGAUGACAAAUUUACAGCGAAGGGAUUUUUAAUGUCUUGGAGUGUUUCCCUUCCACGUGUUACAGAACAAAAUACGGUUAAAUCAACGGUGACUGUAGAACAAAUUUCGUGGACAUUAAAAAGUAUACCCGAAACUAGACUGACAACAAAACUAAUGCCGAUGUCAACAGCUCUAGUGACAAGACCCAGAUCAACGGCGACAGUAGUACAAAUGCCGUGGACAUUAAAUAGAAUACCGGAAACUGGACUGACAACAAAUCUUUUGCAGAGGAUAACAGCUCUAGCGACAACAUCAAAGUCAAAGGGGACCUUGACAACAAACAGAAUACCAAGAACAACAUUUACAACAAAGCUUACACAGAAUACAACAACUGUAGCGACAACAUCAAAUUCAACGGCGACAGUGAAAGAACUGAGGACCUUGACAACAAAAAGAAUUCCAAAAACAACAUUUACAACAAAGCUAACACAGAAUACAACAGCUCUAGUGACAACAUCAAAUUCAACGGCGACAGUGAAAGAUAGGAGGACCUUGACAACAAAAAGAAUUCCAAAAACAACAUCAAAGCUUACGGCAAAAGUAACAAAAAUGUCUUAUGCAGUAAAUAGAAUACCAACAACUGUGAAAAAGAAUACUGUAGCAGCAAAAUUACCAGGAGUUGUAAAAUUUGCAACAACUUUAGCCAUCCUUGAAACAAAACUGAUAACAGAUGGCAUCAAAACUGAAUCCGAGGCUUCAGGAAGCACAAGCGUAAAUAUUUAUGCUGUUUUCUUCGGGAUUACAUCAGCAACAACUUUACUACUUGUGGUCCUGAUGUUAUUCAAAAAGAAAAAGACCAGGUUUCCUCUAAAUUGCCGUCGCUCAGUACACACCGCGUCUACAUCUGAACACCAUACAAUGGGGGAGACAUAUGCCCCCUUACAGAAAUCCAGGAAAACGUGUUCAGAUACAUAUGGAGUGCAUCGCCUGGAUCCAGACAACACGUACUUAGAUAUCAUGGAUUCGGAUGCCCUAUUUUAUAAAAGUACAGAUGAACUACAGAAUAACGAUUAUUUAGAUGCACGUUUUAGUAAGAAGACGGAAUCGAAAACAUACAUGGAAAUAGCGGAGUGCUAUGUCUAAUACGUUAAUAU